UAUUACUUUCCUCUCUUUCCCAAUAGCUCCACUUCCCUCUCUGCCAAGGAUUGCAAUCUCUUCGGUGUUGAGUUAAUGUCUAAUUUGCAACUAGAGAUAUAAAGGUUUUUGAUCCAUUCUUAUUAGUCUCAUUACCUCAGUGGUUCUCGGUGGAGCUCAUCUGUGUUUCUUCACUUGUACUUUACUGUUGUAGGUAGAUUCAGUCUUUGUUCGUCUUGAUCAGCUGUCCCUUCUGAGUUGCACUGUGGAUAGUUUUUCUCCUCCUGGUGGCUUCUUGUCAGUUUUGCCAGGAGAAUCAUGGUUAGUUGGCUGAGGUGGCUGUGGUACCACAGAAACUACAUCAUCAUCGUUGUCACUCCGCUCGCACUACUUCCCCUGCCACUCAUCAUCCCUACAUCGGAAGCCAAAUGUGGUUAUGCUAUCAUCCUCAUGGCUCUGUACUGGUGUACAGAGUGUAUGCCUCUGGCUGUGACUGCCCUGCUGCCAGUCAUCCUCUUCCCCAUGAUGGGCAUCAUGAAGGCUGGAGACGUCAGUAUCGAAUAUCUGAAAGACUCGAACAUGCUGUUCAUUGGUGGCCUGUUGGUGGCCAUCGCAGUGGAGCACUGGAGCCUUCAUAAGCGCAUCGCUCUCCGAGUUCUGCUGCUGCUUGGCGUUCGUCCGGCCCUGUUAAUGUUGGGCUUCAUGAUCGUCUCAUUCUUCCUGUCCAUGUGGAUCAGCAACUCGGCCACCACGGCCAUGAUGCUGCCCAUAGCCCAGGCCGUGCUGCAGCAGCUGAAGGCCACAGAGGCUCUGGCGGACAAGCGAGAUUUCCAGGCUGCAGCAGAGAACAACCACGCGUUUGAGCUGGAGAUCACACAAACUAAAGAGGAAAAGAUGGAGGAGAAACAGCCAGACACCGAGGUUCAGCUGGAGGACGGAGAGUAUGAACAUGAGUGUAGGCCAGAGUCACUGCAGGAGUCCAAGAGAAAAGCGCUGGAGAUGAAGUACCAGCUCCUGACCAAAGGGAUGAGUCUGUGUGUGUGUUACUCUGCCAGCAUCGGAGGCACGGCCACGCUCACGGGCACGACCCCUAACCUCAUCCUGAAGGGUCAAAUCGACGAGCUCUUCCCUGAGAAUAAUGAUGUCAUCAACUUUGCCAGCUGGUUUGGCUUCGCUUUUCCCAACGCGGUGCUCAUGCUGGUGUUGACCUUUCUCUGGCUUCACUUUGUGUUCCUGGGCUUCAACAUGAAGAAGUCAUUUGGCUGCGGCAUAAAAAGCGACAGAGAUAAGGAGGCGUACGCGGUGAUGAAGCAGGAGCACAAUAAGCUGGAGCGCAUGCCGUUUGCUGAGUGGGCAGUGCUCAUCAUCUUUGUCCUGCUGGUAGCCCUGUGGUUCACCAGGGAGCCGGGCUUCAUAGACGGCUGGGCAACAGUGCUCUUCAAUAAGGGGGGACCGUUUGUGUCCGAUGGAACCAUCGCUAUCUUAAUGUCGAUGCUGUUCUUCGUCAUCCCCUCCCAGAUGCCCAAGCGUGGAGGCUACGGCAUCAAUGCCGAAGGUGAGACAGUGAAUGCUCCCACCACUCUGCUGACCUGGCAGGUGGUCCACGAGCGAAUGCCCUGGAACAUCAUCCUGCUGCUGGGAGGAGGCUAUGCUCUGGCUGCUGGCAGUGAGGAGUCAGGUCUGUCCAAGUUGCUGGGAGAUAGCUUGGCACCUCUGCAGCAAAUUCCCCCCUACGCCAUCUCGUUGCUGCUCUGCAUGCUGGUGGCAACCUUCACCGAGUGCUCUAGCAACACAGCCACCACCACCUUGUUCCUGCCCAUCCUGGCCUCAAUGGCCAUAGCUAUUGAGAUACACCCGCUGUACGUGAUGAUUCCCUGCACCAUCGCUGCCUCUCUGGCCUUCAUGCUGCCUGUGGCCACACCACCCAACGCCAUCGCCUUUUCUUUUGGAAAACUCAAAGUCAUGGACAUGGUGAAAACCGGCUUCGUGUUGAACAUCAUUGGGAUUUUGACCGUUAAUUUAGGCAUCAACACCUGGGGAUACGCCAUGUUUGACUUGGGCACCAUGCCUCAUUGGGUCAACAUUACAAACAGCGGACCUUGAGUAGGGGAGGACGGAGAGAGAGACAUGGAGAACAGGAAUGACACAGAAUUGUUUUUUAAAGCCCUUGAAAACUUCAAACCUUAAGUGACUCUCUAUAAAACAGUCCUAAGAUAAGCAUGACUAAAUAAGCAAUUAUACAGAAGUUGAGUAAAUUAAAGGUUGGUUACAGUAAAUGUCGUAAAGGAAAUAAAGUUUAAAGACCAUUUAGAUCAAGUUUCGCUUGGCAGUGGUGCACCAUAUACUCUCAUACAAACCUGUAAAUAUAUAAAACGAGACCUUGGUAAAAAAAUAACUGUGAUAAGCUUGAAGCGAUAUCAGAUUAUCAGCUCUAUAAUUAGACGGACUCUCCCCUGUAUGUGUUUAGUACUUCCUCGUGUCGUUCCAGUGACAGAACAAAACAAAAAUGAAGUGUUCAUUAGAAACAAAACUGAGGUCACUUCCUUGUACACACUUUCCUGAAUGUGACGUUAUCUUUUUGAUCUAUUUAUCACUCACAGAUGCACACUGUGUGUGUGAGUGGUCAUUUAAAUUGUGAUUAUUCUGAGUGAUGUUGUGUUUACAAACAAUGUGGAAAUGAGCUGAAACUGAAAUAAUUGCAAGAGUUGAUUUAACUUAUUACUGUGGUCUUUUGUUGUUAAAUACUUUGUUUCAUUGUCGCACAUUUUAUUUUUUAUCAGUGUAUUUGUUGCACUGUUUUAUGAACAAGUAUUUACUUUACCUUUCUUAACUUUUUGUGAUUAUUUGUUUUAGUUCAAGGGACAUUAUAAUCUCAAUUUCUAAAUACGUCGCCUAGAUUAAUCCGGUUGAAAGCUAUUAAAGGAAUAGUUUGACGCUUUGGGGAAAUACGCAUAUUUGUUUCCUUGCAGACAGAAGGCCGAUAUCACUCUCAUAAUUGUACGGUAAAUGUAAAAAUAAAGCAGCUGGUUAUCUUAGAUUUGCAUAAAGACUGGAAACCAGGGGAACAAGCCAGCCGAGCUUUGUCCUAUAUGGUAAAAAAAAAAAAAGCCUUUAAAACUCAUUAAUUGACAUGUUCUUUGUUUAAUGGGUACAAAAACCCAAGUGUAAAAAUGUUAUCCACCAAAAGAUUUCUUGUCUGAUUAAACAAACAAGAUAUAACGUCUUGAUUGUGAGCAUUUGAGGUGCUGGUAGGCUCAUUUUUAACCAUCUUCAUGGUUAACCAUCCCCUCACUCCAGCUUCACACUGAAGGGACAAACAUGAGAGUGGAAUCAAUCUUCUUAUCUCGGUAAGAAAGUGUAUUUCCCAAAAUGUUGAACCAUUCCUUUAAUAAAUUCCAGUUAUAAGGGCCACAUGUCCUCAAAGUGCAUGAGAUGCUAAAAAAACAUCUUUAGCCAGAGCCGUUAAUGUUCUAAAAAUAUCAUGUAAACAAAGUGUGAAAUAUCUCUCAUUCACUCACAAUAUUAACAGUCAAGACACUGUGAUAUUUCAAAAAAGUCCCGUAAAUCUUUAUUUAUUUUUUGUUCAGUCAUACCGACAUUUGAAUGGUCAAGAAAUCGACAUCUGUUCAAAAUAAUUUGUACACGAGUCACAAUCAGUCAAAAAUAAAUCUGCUCUACUUAGA